AUGUCAAAUAAAGUCGGUGAAGACUUUGAUUCAAAUGGAAAGUACGACUCACUCGAUGACGUGAUAAAAGAUGCCCGGGUACAAAUGAAAGCAUUUAUGGAUUUUAAUCAAAUACCCGGAGCUGUGAUGGCAUUCAGUAUAAACGGCACGAAUGUAUGGACGGAAGGCUUCGGUUAUACGGAUAUCGAGAAUAAUGUCUCAACACAUAAGGACUCCGUUUGGCGUUUCGGUUAUACGGAUAUCGAGAAUAAUGUCUCAACACAUAAGGACUCCGUUUGGCGUUUGGCAUCAAUUAGCAAAUCAUUGACUUCAGCACUGGUCGGGCAGCUCAUGGAUCGACAUCUCAUUGAUCUGAACGCAGAGAUCCAUAAAUAUCUGUCAAAAGAUUUCUAUCCGUUUAAGACAUUCAACGGAUCGGCAGUUAAUAUAACCGUUCGGGAAGUCAUGUCUCAUACGGCAGGCCUUCAUAUGAGUGACUAUCCCGAAGAUUUUGACAAAUACUUGAUAAGACGUGCGGAUAAUGUAAGUCAUAAUAUCAAACCUUUCAAAGACGAGCCCUUACUGUCCAAACCGGGAACUGAAUUCAGUUAUUCAAACUAUGGCUUCCAAAUGGUUGGCGCUAUCAUUGAGUCCAUACUUCACAACACAUAUGAGAAUGAAAUUAAGAAAAUGUUUACACAAUUACACAUGAAUUCAACAUUUGCUGAGAGACGAGAAAUGAUUGUUAAACACAGACCACAAUACUAUCAAUUAUCAAACCAAACAUCCGGGACAUUGCAAAAGUCUGAUAUAAUCGAUGAAUUGAUUUCAUACGAGGGUUCGUGGCCCGCAGGGGGUAUCAUAUCAACGGCUGACAAUAUGUUACGUACAGGAGUUGUGGACACCGGAAACCAUUGGCAAAAUUAA